ACUAACUCAGGACCAUGUCUGGGGGCGGUGCGAAAGAAGAACCCCGUGGAUCCAGUUGGGACUUUAUCUGGAACCCGCGGACGCACGAGUUGAUGGGCCGAACCGCCACGAGCUGGGGCCUCAUCUUGCUGUUCUACCUGGUCUUCUAUCUCUUCCUCGCUGGAAUGUUCGCCCUCACCAUGUACGUCAUGCUCCUGACGCUGGACGACUAUCGCCCCACCUGGCAAGACCGCCUCACUACACCCGGCAUGAUGAUUCGUCCAAAGGGAGACCAACUACACAUUGCCUUCUCUGUUUCAAAGGCGGAGUCGUACAAUGGCCUGCUCUCCAGCCUGGACGCCUUCCUGUCACCCUAUAACGACAGUGUCCAGGCCCAAACCAACGAUAACUGUCCCCCAAACCAGUACUUCAUCCAAGAGGACAGCGGAGAGGUGAGAAACAAUCCGAAGCGCUCGUGUCAGUUUAACCGCACGGCUCUGGACCUUUGCUCUGGCCUCGUUGACCGCUCCUACGGCUACAGCAGCGGACAACCCUGUGUGCUGCUCAAACUCAACCGGGUGAUCGGGAUGCUCCCAGGGAAAGAUGGACAGUCUCCGUAUGUGUCGUGUGGACCAAAGAAAGACGAUGUGAACGUCGGCCCUUUGGCGUAUUUUCCUCCAAAUGGAACCUUCAAUCUCAUGUACUACCCAUACUACGGCAGCAAGGCCCAGGUGAAUUACACGCAACCGCUAGUCGCUGUAAAGUUCCUGAAUGCUUCUUUGAACACAGACCUGAACAUCGAGUGUCACAUCAACUCCAACACUCUGGGAGACAUCUACGCCAAUGAACGAGACAAGUUUGCAGGACGGGUCUCCUUCACUCUGCGCAUCAAUGCUUAGACCAGCCUAAGACCUGAGACCGACCUGAGACCAGAGACCGACCUGAGACUGACCAGAGACCGACCUGAGACCAGAGACCAACCUGAGACCAGAGACCGACCUGAGACCAGAGACCAACCUGAGACUGACCAGAGACCGACCUGAGACCAGAGACCGACCUGAGACCAGAGACCGACCUGAGAC